AGUUACCACAAGAUGACUUCCAUAUGCAAAACUCUCCUACUUUUGCUCAAACUUACAAAAGUAGGUAGCAUCAUAAAGCAAUUUGCCAACUCAAAAGUUAAACACACCAUAUAUGCACAGAAAUCUUGAUAAAGAAAUAAGUCAGCAAUGACAUUAGUUUACUGUAAUUGAGCAGACAGCUAAAAGAAGACAUUUUCAAUACCUUUAGGAGCAAGAGAAAAAGAUAUAUAUUGAUGGACUGAUGCAAGCAAAAGGAUUAAAAAAAUAAAUUAAAGGGAGAGGUUGAACAUGCACUGCAAUUUGGUUUUUGAAAAUUUCAAUCAACAAAAAGAUAUCAUCCUGACAACCUUUUUCUUCUUCGUAUAAAAGAAAAUUCUAAAAAGCACACGCAUGAUCUUUAUUUGGUUAUUUUUAUGACCCAUAGCUGACUCAUGCAACAAUCAGUUAAAAGAUUCAUCAACUCCUCCUCAAACCCCUAUAUAUAAUGCUACAAGGAAUGUUCUUAAACCAUCAACCAAAACUUAAAUAUAUCACAAUCCAACAAUAUUCGACCGCAAAAUCAGAAUCACAAUGAAGAACUUACUCAGUGGAACUGUGGUGGGUAUUCCCAUGAGUUCAGCAGUAUGCUCACUUGAAAGGCAGCCAAAAAGACUACUGGUUCUAUCUGCAAGUGAAGACCAUAAUAUUCCAUAUGCAACUUCAAAAAACUUAUCUAAAAUAAAGCAAAGAAAAUCUGUUAUUGGUAAGAUGAACAAAUUCGGAGAAAAGAUGGACUGUCUUGCACAAGGCAUCCGUGAGCAUGUGAGCCUGAGCCCAAAGCUAACAGAAAUUGUGAAGGGAAAAUUGAGCCUAGGGGCAAAAAUUCUUCAAGUAGGAGGGUUGGAGAGAAUAUUCAAACAGAAGUUUAAUGUUAGAGAUGAUGAAAAGCUAUUGAAGGUUUCUCAAUGCUAUUUAUCAACAACAGCUGGUCCAAUAGCAGGCCUUCUCUUCAUCUCUACAGAUAAGAUUGCUUUCUGCAGCGAGCGAUCAAUAAAGCUCUUAUCUCCAACUGGAAAUUUUCUUAGAAUCCGUUACAAGGUAUCGAUCCCAAUAAGUAAGAUAAAGAAAGCAAAAGAGAGUGGAAAUAUGGAAAAGCCAUCACAGAAGUAUGUACAAGUAGUUACAGAGGAUGAUUUUGAGUUCUGGUUUAUGGGAUUCCUUAAUCAUCAAAAGACUCUGAGAUAUCUGCAGCAGGCAAUUUCUAGUUCUUCAAGCAAGCUAAGAAGAUAGCUUUUUCUCCUUUUCUUUUUUUCAUUUUGUUUCCAAAUUCGCCUUUCAUCAAUGUAAAAUGUUGAUGCAAAACGAAUUGGAUCUGUUCAAACUUGUAACUAGCUCCAUUUCUCAAAGGAGGUUUUAGGUUUUGUAGGCUUUGAGCCUUGAUAGUUAAUACGGAUGUAUAGAUUUAUUGUAAAACUAAAGUAAACGGAAGGCUAAUUCAUGUUUUA